AAAAAUAAAAACGUUUCGGUGAAGCGCUUCUGUAGUGAUCAACAACAGACAGUAGAGGGCGACAGGGCAUCGAGACACUCGCCCUUAGCGUGAUUUGUACUCCGUGCCUGAAGAUGGCAGCAGCAAAAAGAGUAAAAAAAAAAAAAAAAACUCCCAGCAUUAGGUAAGUGGUUGUUAUUCAACAUUAGUAAAAGAAAAUGACCUGCAUGAAGAGAAUAUUUUCCCAAAUCCGCCGCAGCAAAGUCGGGCUGCUUGGGGUCGCUCUCACCACGGGCAGAUGUUUCCAUGCGGAACUAGUCCGAGCCGAAUCCAGCGGACUGCCAAUAGUUCAUCACAGCAAGUAUGUGUGCGAGCUUCCAGCCAACCACAGGUUCCCAAUGGCCAAGUUCCCCCGGGUCCUGCACUGUUUACUUCAGGACCAGGUCAUCACUGACAAGCAGGUGUGGGUGCCUGAGAUUGCCUCGAAGGACUUGCUCAGCGGCGUGCACACUGAGGACUACCUGGACGACUUCAUAGGUGGGCGAAUAAACGAGCAAGAACAGAGGAGGACGGGCUUUCCGUGGAGCGAGGGCAUCGUGCGAAGGUGUCGAUAUGAAACCGGUGGGACCGUUCUUGCUGCUGAAGUCGCGCUACAGAGGGGUCUGGCAUGCAGCACGGCGGGUGGAACCCAUCACGCUUUUCCCAGCUACGGCUCGGGGUUUUGUCUCCUCAACGACUUAGCAGUUGCAGGGAAAUACCUGAUGGACAGCUCGUCAAGGAAGAGAAAGGUCCUAAUCGUGGAUUUAGACGUGCAUCAGGGCGACGGCACUGCUUUCAUAUUUAAAGAGGAGCCGUCCGUGUUUACGUUUUCAGUGCAUUGUGGGAAAAAUUUCCCCCUCCGCAAACAAGAGAGUGACCUGGAUGUCAGCGUGGAGGAUGGGCUGGAAGAUAAGGAGUACCUCUCCACAGUGGCUGAGCACCUGCCCUGGCUGCUGGAGACUUUCCGCCCAGACCUGGUUCUGUAUGAUGCUGGUGUUGAUCCGCAUUGGGAAGACGAGCUCGGAAGACUCCGUCUGACGGACCAAGGGCUCUACCAGAGAGAUCUUUAUGUGAUAAAGACUGUGGUGAGCAGAGGCGUUCCUAUCGCUACUGUUAUUGGUGGGGGAUACUCCAGAGACAUCGACAAACUGGCCCUCAGACACUCCAUCGUCCACAGGGCAGCCACUCAGGUUUGGAGGGAGUGUGGGAUGUAAAACCAGGUCCUGAACUAAGUGGAUCCUCAGAACUGUGACCUUUGUGAACCGAUAAUUAGGAAAGAAACAAAUGUGUCUGUUCACUUCUGUGGCAACCUUCCUGUGAUUAAAAUGUGCUCUUUUUAAUAAAAAAAUAUGCUCUUUA